CUCAUUACUGUACUAUAACGGAUUGAAAAAAUGCACGAUAACCUAUACUUGUCAAAUGAAUUCUAUUAUUAAUAAAUAAUAUAGAAGUGGUGAAAUUGGUGAUUAAAUUAGUACAGAAUAAUGGAUUCAAAUAUAAAAUUAUGUCAAGGGAAAGAUAUUUUCGAAAGGAUGAAUUAUCUUUAUCAGGCAAGUUACCUAAUGGCAUUAAAAAAUAGAGUAGCAGCUUCAUGUUAUGGUAACAUGAUGGUAGGGUGUGCAAAAAAAUCUGUAUUACGAAUAGAAUCUGAUAUUAAGAAAACAAUUUGUAAAUGCUGCCAGUCUCCACUUAUACCUGGUGAAACAGCCAAAGUACGGUUGAUGUCAAAGCCUGUAAAAGGAGUGAAGUGGACAUGUCUAAUUUGUUUAAGUGUGAAAAAGUAUCCCACAAAGAAGGGUCAUAAAUUAUGGACAGAACAGGAUAAUUCGGUAGUUCAAGUUUUUAAUUAUGCUCCAAAAUGAAAAGCAAAUGUUAAGAUAAAGGCGAGCUCUUCGGUAAAAGGUAAAUGUGUUCAUCUUGAAGAAAACUAAAUGAAUACACAGAAUUGGAUAUUUAUUUCCACAUGAUGUUAGAUGUGAUGUAUGUUGAUGUAUGAAUACUUUUUUCAAUGAUUUACAUAAAAUAUGGUACAAUAAAUUUAUAAUCAAUAAACAUAUGGACUGGAAUAUUCAUAACCACCUAAUAAAGUUGUGAUACUGA